AUGCGCGGCGCGAAGCACGCAGUUUCGCUUGAAUCGGUCUUCGGCGACGCGGCCUCGCUCUAUUUGAUCCUAGAGCUCUGUACAGGAGGGGACCUGCUAUCGCGCAUCGAGCGAAAAGGCCGGCUGUCUGAGCGCGAAGCGCGGCGCGUGUUCGCGUCCGUGGUUCGCGCUGUCGAAGAAUGCCACAUCCGCGGUAUAAUCCACCGCGACAUAAAGCCCGAAAACAUCCUCCUCUGCCCCGUAUCCCCUUCCAAGGCCAAGCCCCGGCGCGAUCCCCGCUCGCGGAACCUCGUCCCCGCGGAAUUCGCCCCCAAACUCGCGGAUUUCGGGCUGGCGCUUCCGCUGCGCGCGGACCAGCAGGUGGUGGGCUACGCGGGAAGCUUCCCCUACGAGGCGCCCGAGGUGGUCGCGCGCGCGCCGUACGACGGCGCCGCCGACGUGUGGAGUCUCGGCGUGCUGUUAUUCGCCAUGCUUUCGGGAUCGUGGCCGGGAUUCGCGGAGGGCGACGCGGACCGGCGGCUGGAGCGCGCGGUGGACUGGCGCGCGGAGAGCUGGGCGGGGGUGUCGGCGCGCGCAAAGGCGCUGAUUACACAAUUAAUGGCGGUGGACCCAGAACAACGGCCCAGCGCGGCUCAAAUACUGGAGGACGCUUGGUUUGUCGAGAAGGAAUGUAUGGCGGAUGAAGAGGGGGUGCAGCGGCGCGGCACCACGCGGAUGACACGUGGAACCAAGAGCGGCUGCCACGUGGCGCUGACCAUCGACGUGGGGUACGGGUUAGAGGACGAGCAGUGCGCAGGUGGUGCGUCUUGGGAGGAAGCAGAGGAUAGAACGAGGGAUGGUCAGCGCGACGAGGGGGAGAGUGGGAUGGUUGAUGCGGACGGGUGGACGCAGGGAGAUCAAGGAAACGCAGGAGAGGGGUCGGCAAUGAAACUGAACGUGGAUCGUGUGGCUGUGGUGCCGCCAGCUCACCACCUGGUGGCGUACAGGAGUCCACGUGGACGUGAGCAGUGUGCGUCGCCUGGAAGGAGCUGUGCCCUCAUGGUGGGUGGGGGCGUGUCGCUGCUGGUGGAGCAAGGCACGCAGGGGAAGGCAUGCACCACUGGAGUCAUCCAGGGCAGUUGGGGUGGCUGUAAGAGCACAGCAGAGGAGGUGGAGCAGCAGCUGUGUGCCUAG